CGGAAACAUGGCAACAUGCAACCUCAGCAUCAUCGAUGUCAUCUCUACCACCUAUCACAAGCUCGCCAUCAAUUGCUCUCGCUCACUUUCUAACUGUAUCUCUUGCUCUCUACCCAUUAAACAGCAGAGCUCCGCAUGCCCACCCGUGGUCCUCGAUACCGUCCAACCCUCCAAGUCGUGGACCAGAAUUCCGUCUCCCAAUUCUACGAAUCCCCCUGUUUCACUCGCCAUAGCACCACCAUGUCUUCACAGAACACCAAAUACUCUGUCAUUCUCCCUACCUACAACGAGCGCAGGAACCUACCCAUAAUCUGCUGGCUAAUUGAGAAAACUUUCAGAGAGAUUAACCUAGAUUGGGAGGUAAUCAUAGUUGAUGAUGGAUCUCCGGAUGGAACAUUAGAGGUCGCAAAACAGCUCCAAACGCUCUGGGGCCCGGAGCAUAUCGUCCUGAGGCCUCGUGAAGGGAAGCUAGGUCUUGGAACUGCUUAUGUCCAUGGAUUGAAAUCAGCCACUGGCAACUUCGUCAUCAUCAUGGACGCCGAUUUCAGCCACCACCCUAAAUUUAUUCCUGAAAUGAUCAAAAUUCAGAAGGAAACAAACUGCGACAUUGUUACCGGGACCAGAUAUGCGUCUCGUGGGGAUCUGCGUGGCGGAGUCUAUGGCUGGGAUCUGGUCCGCAAGCUCACCUCCAGAGGGGCAAACUUGAUUGCGGACGUGAUGUUGAUGCCCGGAGUCAGCGAUCUGACGGGAAGUUUCCGGUUAUAUAGAAAACCCGUUCUCGAGAAGGUUAUUAAGAGCACGGAGAGCAAAGGAUAUACCUUUCAAAUGGAAAUGAUGGUUCGUGCCAAGGCCAUGGGAUUCAAGGUUGAGGAAUGUCCGAUUACGUUUGUUGAUCGUCUUUAUGGUGAGAGCAAACUUGGUGGUGACGAGAUCGUAGAGUACUUAAAAGGGGUCUUCUCGCUUUGGCUGAAAGUUUAGUCAAUUCCUUUUGUUUGGCCCCUUUCCUUCUUUUCUCCUCGUAUCUGUUUACUUCAGGGUCGGGGCAACUAUGUCUUUUUGCAUCUACACAUAACGGGUAUUAGGAAACGGACGAUGGGGCUUUCUUGUCAGAGCUAAAUGUCAUAAACAGGUUUUAGGUCCAGGUUUCGUUUUGAGUGUUUACAAAAUAUUUCAGUGGUCGCUUUAUCUGCUUGUAAAUAAUACCCCUUUAUAAUUUGCGAUUAUACAUAUCGUCCUAUUGCUCAGCUGCACUAUUAUCAUAACCAAUUUUUAUUGUUGUUUAAUUUGAUUCCAGUACUUUAAAAGAAGAGCAUGGUCGAGGUAUCGGUCAAUAUGGGAUGUAGCGAACUCCAUGAAUCUACUCCGGGAAUCCUGCGGCAAUCCUUGUCCCGCACUCACUGUUGCUCUAGUCUCCCCGACCAUAGAAUAGUGCAUAGGAAAUACCAACCCUAUCUCUCAAUAUUCGCCAAAAAGCCUUUAACCCUUGAAACCAAGUCCUCACGCGCCUGGGAUUGAUCUGGCCCGCUCGGCGAGUGCGUAGCUCCAACGACUAUGCCGCUAUUCGUGUCCCAGAUGUCCGGAUUUGACGAGCCCGUCACCGUUGCCGCCUUCCAUCUUUCCAGUUGCUUUUCUUUAUCGAGCCAAGGAGCUGCAUAUUCAUCGGCACCACCUGGCAGAACGAGAAGUGAUUUCUUCAACAGCCCGCCAGACGAAAUCAUACCAAACGUCUCUUGAAGUCUAGCGUCUGUAAGAUCGGAGCUAAAUAGAUCGUCCUCCGUUGGAGCGUCGGGGCUAUCUGGACUUGCCAAACUCAGAAAUCUUGUCGCGGUGACGGCCGCCGGGAAGAAUACCUUCCCCAUCAUCCAAAGAGGCAUGAGAGCAUCCAUUCCCCCAACGGCCUUUUGGCUCUUUGCCAAGGAUACGAGUUUGUUAUAUACCUCAGUAAGCUCCUCCGGGGAGUCAUGAGCAUUCCCCGAUUUUAUGAUAUUCAUUAUGGCUUCUCGAUCCGAAACGGGAGACUGCAAAAUAGCUCCGUCCACAGGGGGUCGUAGAGCCGUGGACCCUGGACCUGGAUUCUGGGAAUAGAGGUAAUGGAGCACAUCCUGACUUCCGGUGGAAUGCCCCAUUAUCACAACCUUGCCCGGUUCCGGCUCCUCAACUUUUCCAGACGCACUGGCAGAUUUGUACUUUCUCACGUACUCAACACAUUUACCGAUCUCGUCGACAUCUCUGUCUAGGCUGCCCAGUCCCCAUCCAUCAUAUGACGACGAUAAUUGCACAGAAAACACGGACCAUUUCCCAGAUUCGAGACCUGCGGUGAUAUCGUUGACGAAUGGCACGGUGUAAUAACCGUCGCCUAACCCGCCGAUGAAUAAUAAGCUAUGAGGUUUGUGACCUUUGGUGUUUGGGUCAGACACAUAUUCAAAAGCCGUGAGUUUUGGUGCCUAAACAGUGAACUUGGUCAGUCCAUUUACCUUCCAUCUUAAGAAUGUGGGGUUUAUUUUUGGGGGUCAGUUCUUUCAUACAUAAUUAUGAAGGAUGCCCGGUUGGAAGCUUGCUUGGAACGAGAUCGACAUCGUCUGGAAAUGAAUAAUUGUGGUCUUAAAUAAACUUAAACAAUGUGGGGACGCUUAUUACACUGUGUUCUCGCAUCUAUUUAAUAAUUAAUUAUCCAUCUGGGUAUGUGCCCUAGAUAUAGGAAUUCUUGGGAAAGGGGUUACUUCAAGGACUAGGUAGACACAAAAAUCAUGUAAUUAGUAAAAGAUCUCUUGAGAUCUGCAUACACCUCAG